AUGAGCAUCAAUCAGGAAAUGAAGAAUUUCAUGCAAAAUUACUAAACCUGCUCUGCACAUUACUGAAAUGACAUCAGUCUCCAUUGCUGAGAUUGUUUAAGAAAAAAUCUGUUUCCAGAUCUGUAACUGGUAGCAGCUCAAGCUUUCUAUAACUGGAGGCAACUAAGGUGAAAUCUAAAUAAGAAUUGAAACAUGGAUCUAGACUCAGUCCCUAAAUUAGAUGAAGAGACAGAGAUUUUCAGGACCCAACAAAGACAGACUUAUGAACUGCUGGGAAUUGGCCAGGGGACUGGUAUUUCCUGUGACUCAAGUUUGCCAUCUGAAAGAUCCUAUCCUUACUCAUCUCAUCAUCCUUGUGUGCAUAUUAAUAGCAGCAAUGAUUGGGGGAUUUCUGAAGAGCUACGAAUUCGAGAACUGGAAGAAAUCAAGUCUAGAGCAGCCCAAAUGGAGAAAACCAUGCGUUGGUGGUCAGACUGCACUGCCAACUGGCGGGAGAAAUGGAGUAAAGUUAGAGUAGAAAGGAAUAAAGCCCGGGAGGAAGGGAGGCAACUGAGACUCCAGCUGGAGACUACAAUGAAGGAACUGAGUGUUCUGAAAAAAAUGAACCAAGACUUAGCAAAAGAAAAGGAGGAGUUAAAAGCUGAAAUUGCUCAGAAAAAGAAAUAUAGUUUCUUAGAGGUACCUUAUUUGAGAGAAGAUGGUCACCAGUUUAUGUCUCUGGAACAAGAACCUGUUAAAGAAGUGGUCAAGAACAACAUCAUCUGUGGCAUGAAGGAUUCUUGUAAGGAUAUGAAAAUUACUGAAGACAUGAUAAGAGACAAUCAAGAUACAAGAUUCAGUCUACAGCUUCAUGACUCCUUGAUUGAAGGAUCUCUUGGCAGAUGUCACGAAAAGCCUAGGCAAAGGAUGGAAAGCAUAGCCCAGCCUCUAGAGAAUGAAUCGAUAUCUGUUUCUGCCUUGCAUUUGCAUUUGGAUGAGACUCAGGAUGUCUUACAAAAGGAAAGACAAAUGAAUUUAUUUCUGGAAGUAGAGAAGCUGGAAUCUGAUUUAUCUCUGUGGAAAUGGAAAUAUGAAGAAAUGAGACAGUCUAAGAUGGAGAACCUGAAACAGCUGGAAAGACUACAGUCUGAGAAUGCCUCUGAGUGGGGAAAAAGAGAGAUUAUUGAUGCAGAAAAGCAAGGUCUGAAGAGAGAGAAUCGAAUGUUGAAGGCCCAGGUGAAAGAAAUUCAGGAACUGGUGGACAGGAAAAAUGAACUUGCACCAAGCAACUUGGCUUCUGAUUCUGAGAUGGCACAAAAUGAACUUCUGAAGAAAAAUAAGGAGAUCCUUGAUCUGCAGCAUGCUCACAACAAGCUAAACAAGCAGUAUCAAGAUAAAGUGGCAGAACUGAUGCAUACAAACAAGAUAGUCGAACAACAUGAGGCUGAAGUUAAGCAGCUGAGAAUUCGUGUGGAAGACCUAAAAAGGGGGCUAAAUCAGGCAGAAGAUGAGCUCGAUGACUCGUUAAAUCAGAUUCGAAAGCUGCAGCGAUCUCUAGAUGAGCAGACAGAAGCCAACAACAAUCUACAGGUUCAUCUUAAUCAUUUGAAAAGUAGAUUAAAGAGUCAGCAAAAAGUGAGCUCAGGACUUGGGAUCAAACAAAGUUCCUUAUGUGUUGCCGGGGACUCCACUGAGACAAUGAGUGAAGAUGAGGGGGACCAGCAUGCUUCAUAGAACAGCCCUGCAGUGACAAGUAUAACUCUAAUGAAGAACAGAAGGAAGCUAAUAAUGUUAGAGGAAAAGGACAGCUCUGAAAAAUGUCAUUUUUGUACAAAGAAAUCCUAUAUAUAUUAUUCUACAUAUUCAAAUUGUUACUAAGGCUUGAUGGAAAAGUGCUUGUUUCAAUAUGUACCCAAUCUGAAUUUGAGUUUUCAGUUGUGGAUUUUCCUUCUCAAGGGUCUUUAUUGCUGUCACUUAAAGCAAAAAUGUUGCUUGCUUGUGAUAACUCCCUAGUUUAUCAUCCAGAACAGUUGACUUCAAAACCACAUAAAGUGGAAGCCAGCUUGUUCCAAUUAGCUGUGAUCCAAGGGACAGAGCAAUGGACUGAGAUUCAAGAGACUCAGGGUCUCUUGUCUGCUGUGCUACUGAAAUUGCAUAUAACCUUGGACCGGUCAUUUUACAUCAACUUGUCCCACUAUGAAACAGAGAUACACCGUGCCUUUGGAAACCAUUUUGAGAGAGAGACAAAAAAAACCUUAUAAAAGUUAAAAAAUUAUUAUUUAAAACACUGCACUUUCCUCUCUUUCUCUUGCUCUUUCCCCUACCCCAUGCUCACAAACCAGCAUGUCUCAGCUUUAUUAUAAGGUCUGCCCCUUGCAUUUCUUUCAAUCUCUGUUUUAUUAACUGCAAUUGUAAAAAUAUUUACAUUAUGUUUCAGUAGCACCUGAAGUAACUCUAUGCCUGUUAGCACUAUCUCAAAAUGGCAGUUUUUUUCUGAAGUCUGAAAUACUAUUUUCAUUUAAAAUAAAUAAUAAUGUAAGACAAGCAGCUGUCUAGGGGUCAUUAACAAGGAAAAUAUAGCUUCUCUGGUACAGAUCAUCUACACAUGUAAUUCAGGAGUUCGAAGCUCAGCAUUAGGAUGUGAUAUAUUUUGUCCAUAUGAGCUGCAAACCCCCCAGAGGAAUUCCUGAUUUCCUAGUGAACGCAGCAAUUUUUGCUACCCCCUUCAGGUUACAAGCAUACUGGAUGGUCUACCCACCCAGUGAGUAGUCUCUUGGGCCACUUCUUAUUUCCUUUGCAGUGGCUUAUAGUGAUCCUCCUUGGUUGCAGGGACACCUGCACCACUCCCCAACUGCUGCCUUUAGUGAAAUGGUCAAAUAGCCUACUUCCCUUUCCUAGGUAUACAUCACUUCUAUACACAUCCUUCUUCUUUGGGGUACAGAAACACUCUGAGACAAAUAAUUUUAAACAGCAUUUUAUUUUAGAAUUUAUGGGAAUUAGCACUCACAGGAUGCUUGGGAUAGUAAUUUUGCAUUUCUGUCCACUCUUUUUCCCCCCUCAUAACUUUGUUCCUAUCCUUGCAAAGCUGACUCUAGUCAGAAUUCACAGUUUCUUAGAACUUUCUGAAAGUUGAUCCUCAACAGAAUAUCCUGUUCCUCCUUAUUUUUUAGUUUGCAAGCCACAGAAGGAAGGAAGGGAACCAUGUCAGGUAAAAUCAUUAUUUCCUUAUUAUGCACAAUGAUAUAUUGCAUUAGAUAAUGAUUGUGUUAUAAAUAAAACUGUUUUAUAAUGUUAAAUAUUUUGUCAGUGUGAAUUAGCUUCAAAGCUAUUCCACAUAGUUCCAUUUUUUCUAUGCUUAAUGGUCUCCCUAGUGCUGUUUUGAGGCAGUGUAGAUAUUUCAGGUCUCCUUAAAAAGCCAGCAGCUGCUCACUCAGCAUUUUCAUAUCUGUCUAAGUGAAUUCAUCAC